GACGAUUUGUGCUUAAAGUUCGUACAACUCGAAACGUUCACAAUAAUAAUUAUUGCUGAACGAACAGUUUUGCUGGUGAUUUUUUGAUCAGAAUGGAGGAAUACACACGCGAACCGUGCCCCUUUCGCAUUGUGGAGGACUGCGGCGGGGCAUUCACCAUGGGCGCUGUGGGUGGUGGCAUCUUUCAGGCGAUCAAGGGAUUCCGCAAUGCACCGCACGGCUUCCAGCGACGCCUCAUUGGUGGCCUGGCAGCGGUGCGCGCCCGUUCCGGCCUGGUCGGUGGCAGCUUUGCUGUCUGGGGCGGCACAUUUAGCGCCAUCGAUUGCAGCCUGGUCUACAGUCGGGGCAAGGAGGAUCCAUGGAAUUCAAUUGUUAGCGGUGCACUAACUGGCGGCAUUCUAGCUGCACGUGGCGGUGUAGCUGGCAUGCUGAGCAGCGCUUUAGUUGGCGGCGUGCUGCUCGCUUUGAUCGAGGGCGCCGGCAUUGCCAUAUCGCGUUAUACGGCCGAUAACUAUCGCCAGAUAUCCGUGCUGGAACGCAUGAAGCAUUAUAAUGAGCAUCAAAUGCGUCAGCAGCAACAAUCGCAGCAACAGCAGCAGCAGCAGCCGAUCCCCAGCUUCUAUGUGGAGCCAAAUGAGGCCAAUUCGUUGCCGGCUUAGAACGUAAACUGCUGCGUCAUCGAUAGAAUCAGGCAGACUCACAACGCAUACAAAAUACUACAAAAUCAAAAUAAAUAAAUAAAUGUAUACAAUCAGUUAAUACUUUUUGAUUGUAGCCGCGGCGGGGGCAUGCAUCAAAAUGCCUCGAAAUUGUAUUGAAACACAAUUGCUCUGGCACUCGAUUCAUUCAGUUUCAUUAAAAUUCAUUUGC